UCUGAACCCCUACCGCCAAGGGGCCCUUCCGCCCUGGAAUCCCGCUCGCGGUGGCCGACAAGGAGGUGGGGCAGGUCCUCCCUCCCGCCGCGGGGAACACCCCUUCCAGCAGCCCUGAGCCCCCAGGUGUCCAGCCUCGUCCUCCCUGCGCUCAGUGUUCCCACCCCCACCCCCAGGGAAAUGGGAUUGCAUUGUGCCGGUGGCCGGGAGAGGCCCCCUCCUGACAGCCUCCUCUGCUGCGCAUGAUGGGUGGGAGGGAGGUGAGACUGAGGUGGGCUUCAGGACACGGAAGCCGUGUCCCACAGGAGGAUGGCUCUGGAAGAGGGCCGGAGCCUGCCCGAGGUGCGGGCGCGAGUGGGGGCUUCGCAUGGCAUCACCGACCUGGCCCACAAGCUUCACUUCUAUGACCAAUGGGCUCCGGACUAUGACCAGGACGUGGCCGCCCUGCAGUACCGCGCUCCCCAGCUCGCAGUGGACUGCCUCACCCAAGCCCUUCCAGGUCCACCCCAUGCUGCCCUGAUCCUGGACGUGGCCUGUGGUACUGGCCUAGUGGCUGCAGAGCUGCAGGCUCGGGGCUUCCUCCAGCUGCAUGGGGUGGAUGGGAGCCCAGGGAUGCUGGAACAGGCCCGGGCCCGUGGCCUCUACCAGUGCCUCAGCCUCUGCACCCUGGGUCAGGAGCCUCUACCCAGCUCUGAAGGGACCUUCGACGCGGUGCUGACGGUGGGCGCCCUCAGUGACGGCCAGGUGCCCUGCAGUGCCGUACCUGAGCUCCUGCGGGUUACCAAGCCAGGUGGGCUGCUGUGUCUGACCACCAGGACCAACCCAUCCAACCUGCGUUACAAAGAGGCGCUGGAGGCCACCCUGGCCAGGCUGGAGCAGGCCGGGGCUUGGGAACGCCUGGUGGCCUGGCCGUGGACCAGUGGGAACUGGCCACCUCCGAGCUCGAGGUGGGGCCUGGUGCCUCUGACAGCGACAGCUUCACCUCCGGCAUCGUCUAUCUGUACCGAAAGCAGGAGGCAGCCCGGGCUGAGGGAGUGAGGCCCAGUGCCUAGCCCCCAGCUGGCCUCCGGCCCUCCAUGAGGCCUCGCCAGGCCCUUCGUCGGGCCUCCUCUGCUUUGCCUGUAAAACGAGGCCGCUGCACCAACCCUGCCCCUCAGGAGAGCUAUGCCUAUUAAAUGAAUCCCAGAAGCGGCAGCAGAACUCUGGCUCGGCAGUUUUCUCACCCUUGCAAAGAGUGACAUCUGUCCCUAUGGAGGACAGAAGAGAAGAAACAGGACAGAGAGGGACCCCAUCCCUGGCUGUCCCUGUGCCAGGCACGAUAGGGCCACAGAUGUGACUCUGACCCCUCCCAGGGUGGAGGGCCCUCUCCCUCUAACUCACAGACCAGGAACCCGUGCUCACGCAUCUGGGCCUUGGCCAAACACUUUCACGUGUCCAGGAUUCAGUUUCCUCAUCUCUAAAGGGAUCGGAAUGCAGAGCUGAGGGGCUCAGGGCGUAGCUUGGAGGCUGCCCCAGAGCUGGGCAGGUGAAAGGGCCUCGGUGACUGUCCACACCAGCACCAGGUGGGGAUGUGAACAGGGCUGCUGAUAACGCCUCCAGACAGGAGCCAGGGGAAGGCUUCAUGGAGGAGGAGGCGCAGAGCUGAGCCUUCGGGACUAGCAGAAUUCAGAAGGGUGGAGAAAGGAAAAGGGACAUUCCAGGCUGAGGGCAGAGACAGCCUGAGCAAAGGCUGGGAGAAGGGACCUGGGGGGUGAGCAGCCCAGCCUGGAGGCCCAGACAGAGCUGGAACAAAAGGAGGGGAGGGCAGGUGGCCCAUCCCCCAGGGCUGGCUGUUCGCAUCUUUCCGCCCUCCUACAGUUCCCAGCACUUUCCUAAGGUCCUGGGCUUUACGCUCUGACAAAUGGAGGGCUUGAGCAAGGUGACUCCAAAGGUCGGGGCCAGUUUCGAUGUCUCACAAUUCCCCAAAACCAGUUUUGUAAGUCUUCUGGUCCUGGCCACCACGCGGUCGUCCUGCCCCUCACUAGCCCCCUGCCCAGGCUUCCAACCCUGCCCUCCCCUCCACCUCCACAGCUGAAAUCAG